AUGUCGCCAGCGCCGCCUGCACCAGCUCCCGAACCUACACCCUCAGUGGAGGUCGUCGAGCCCCAGGACGAUUCUGAUGACGAAACGGUCAAAGAUGAACACUCUGACGACGACCAGCCGCCUGCGUUCCCCGCUCUCUCGAGCGCUCAGCGUGCAGGACCAUCGUCUGUACCGCGGAUCCUCACAGAUACCGAGCUGAUGCCACCCCCGCCUCAGCCCUCGCUGGCGAGCCGGAAUCCGGGGCUCUCUGCACCCAAGUCGUCUGGGAGCAAUCUGCUCGCGCUCCCACCGAGCACGACGAAGCCGCCCGUGAGGCCGUCGAGCAAGCGGGAAAAGGUGGCGCUCGCGCCUGGGUAUGGCCCCCUUGACUGGGCGAAGCUCAAGUCUUCCGGGCAGAACUUGCGGGGUGUUGAUAUGCUCCUCCGAGUCCCGCCGUCUGAGUUAAAGAAGCACAACAAGCUAGACGAUGCGUGGACGGCGAUUAAUGGGAAGGUGUACAAUAUCACGCGUUACCUGCCGUUCCAUCCUGGUGGCGAGAAGGAGCUGAUGAGAGUGGCUGGUCGGGAUGGCACGAAGUUGUUCAUGCUCACACACGCAUGGGUCAAUGCGGACUUCAUGCUGGACAGCUGUAUGGUCGGCUUUCUGACCUCGGAGCCGUUAUAG